UAACCAAAAUGAAUUUGGUUUUGAAAAUCAAAUUGAAGGCGAAAAUAACCUUAUGAUGAAUUCGGGAGGUGCCUACCAUGAAGAAUUUCAGGAGAAUGCAACUUUUUGUGAGUGGAAUUAUGUAGAUAAUAUCUUUGGUGCACUGUAUGAUGAUAAUCAAGCUAUUGACAUUAGUAGUAAUGCGCUAAAUAAUAUGAAUCAAAGUAACUAUGAUAUGGAGAAUCCUGAAAACGAUCGGCGUUAUGAAUUACAAGUAGGCAUGGUGUUUUCUGAUUGGGAACAUGCUAUGAAUGAAUUGAGAAAGUAUGAAAAAAGAGAAGGAUUCAGAACACGUUGUUAUCGUAUUGAAAAAUUCAAAAAUGGGGAUAUUCGAAGACGCACAAUGGUCUGUAAACAUUUUGGACAACCUGAAGCAACUAAAAGCAAGGAUCAAAAAAAAGAAACCACAAUCAAACGUGUUGGAUGUACGUGGCAAAUAAAUCUGUCGUGCCCUGAAAAAGAAAAACCUAACAAAGUCGUAUACAUUUCAAAAUUAAUCAACGAGCACCAAAAUCAUGAACUUGACCAAGCAC